UUUUGGAGGGAUAGAUUGUUGGCCGAUAGAUGUAUCCCAAAAUGAAUGUUAUGCUCGACAGUACCUUGAAACAAUGGACCAAAUAAGGCAAAGAACCACGCACAUUAUCGCGUAAAUUGUUUUUAAUUUUAUAUGCGCUGACAUUGUGAAACAUGAAGCUCACGGACAGCGCGUUAAGGAGCUUCAGGGUUGCAAGGACCUACCGAGAAAAUUCCGAGAAAGUCAAUUGUUUAGACUACAGUCCAAACGGCGAAAAUGCCAUCUCAAGCAGCGACGACGACCGCAUUGUGUUGUAUGACAUUGUCCGAGGAAAGCCCAUUCAGACCCUGUACAGCAAGAAGUAUGGUGUAGACCUGAUCCGUUACACACAUGGAGAUUCCCAGAACGUCAUCUACACUUCCAAUAAACUGGAUGAUACGAUCCGCUAUCUGUCGCUGACUGACAACAAGUACAUCAGAUAUUUCCGAGGUCACACUGCAAGAGUUAUUGCUCUGUCCAUGUCACCAGUGGAAGACAUGUUCAUAUCAGGAUCCCUGGAUAAGACCAUACGCAUCUGGGAUCUGCGCUCUGAGAACUCUCAGGGUCUAACAGACCCCCUGGGCAGACCUAUUUGUUCCUUUGACCCAGACGGGCUCAUUUUUGCCGUGGGGGUGGAAUCGCAGACCAUUAAGCUGUAUGACGUGCGCGCCUUCGACAAGGGUCCGUUUAAGUCGUUCGAGCUGAGGCUGCAUCGGAACUGCGUCUGGAGCGGGCUGAAGUUCAGCAACGACGGCAAGCAGAUUCUCAUCUCCACCAACGGAGGGAUGAUUUGCAUCCUCAAUGCUUUCAGUGGAGAUAUGAUGCACACGUUCUCCGGCUACAACAACAGCAGAGGUUUAACCCUGGAGGCGUGCUUCACCCCGGACUCCCAGUUUGUGAUGAUAGGCUCCGAGGAUGGGAGAGUCCAUGUUUGGAAUACUGACAACGGGAUGAAGGUGGCUGUGCUGGACGGGAAACAUCCAGGGCCCAUCAGCGCCAUCCAGUUUAACCCCAGAUACAUGACCUUUGCCACCGCCUGCACCAACAUGACAUUUUGGCUCCCAAUCCUUGACGACACGUAAAAGACGCGACGGAGAUUUCACAUCUAACUAUUUUACACUAUUUUAUUUGACUUUUUAAAUUAUUUUUUUUAUUUUUUACAUUACAGCAGUUUUUAACUCGGGUUGAUGUUGGCUAAAGUCAUGUACUGUAAGUUGUAUUUUUAUCGGUUUCGCCCUGCCCCAAAAUGAUUUUUAGCUUAUUCAUGUCUUUUUUUUAACAAUAUUUUUUAAUGUUUUAACAUCAGUGUUUUAUUAUAUUGUCAGCUGCUUUUGAUGACAAAUAAAGUUGAUUUUUUUAAUUUUUAUUUUGGGAUAAUCCAGGACGACUCUACCUACUCUUACUGGACAACAUACAUAUUCAAAUAGUUCACAAAAAAUAUGAUCAGAUAUUUUGUAACAUAAAAUAUUACAAAAUAAAAUAAGGCAAUAA